AUGGCUCUUCUGGUCUCACUUCCUGGAGGGAAUCAGGCCAUGGCCUGUAUCCUGCUUCUGCUGCUGUCAUCUGCAUGCCUGCAAGCUGGUUACUCCGCAGGAUCCAACAGAGAAAGACCCUUUGGGGUCAACCAACCAGCACGCCUCUCUGGUGUCCAGGGCGGCUCCAUCCAGAUCCCCUUCUCCUUCUACUUCCCCUGGGAGUUGGCAGAGGAUCCACAGAUGAGGAUUCUCUGGAGAUGGAAGCACUUCCAUGGAGAAUUUAUCUACAACUCCACCCCGACUUUCAUACAUAAGCAUUUUAUGAAACGGCUCAGCCUGAACUGGACACAGCCUCAGACAUCUGGAGUCCUCAGAAUCCUGGACUUGAAGAAGGAGGACCAGAGCACUUAUUUCUGUAAAAUUAUUCUGAACACAAGAGAAGGCAUGAAGAGUUGGCAAUCAAUUGCUGGGACUCAACUGAUCAUCUCCUCUG